CAUCGUCACACUUUAGUAUCUCCUCCUUCCAGUCCUACAUAGGCAUCAGCCCUUGAUACGAAUAAACAUACGCCGGUAUUCUCCUCAAGACCAGAAUGACCGACCCCGACGGGCGACGGAGAAGACCCGCCGUGUCGUGCACUCUAUGUCGCAAGCGCAAGAUACGAUGCAAUCGACAAAAGCCAUGCAGCAACUGUCUGCGGGCUAGAAAUGGGUCCUGCGUCUAUGGGACACCCCAGAGCCAGCCGGACUCGAGCCCAGCCUCAGAGCAAAUUCCUAUAGAGGCGGCAUCCAGCACGAGCAGAUCGACCAUUCCAAGCCAUCCAAGCUCUCUCGUCGGUCCGUCGAGCGUGUCAACUCCGAUGAGCCAGGCUUCUGCUCAGGAAACCGAGUUAAUGCGCAUGAAGCUCAAGGUCCAACAACUUGAAGAGCAACUAGCGAAACAAGCAGCACCUGUCCAGUUGUCGCUGUUGACCCAGGAUUCUUCAAACAUCGAAACAACAAGCUCCAGCUUAGGGGGAACCUUUCAUGUUCAUACCGAGCGUGACUCUUUUGGCCAACCGCAAGCCAUCGCUCGCAGUGUUGCGUACAAAACACGCUUGUUGGGCCAAAGCCAUUGGGCCGUCAACGGCAUUCUUCUGAUCCGCGAUAUCCUUGAAAUCACUGAUGCAUCUGAUGCCUGGGCUGGCAUUGAGAGGUGCAAAUCUUUGGCCAGGGUCAUCAAAGCGCGACGCGCACCUCCGUGGCCCUCGGUCCCUACUCCUGAUGUACCUGUGAAAGAGGUGGCUGACACGCUCGUCGAUCACUACCUCCGGACUAGCGAGUCAGUCUAUCGUAUCCUCCAUGUCCCAACGUUCCGCCGCGACUACGAGGCGCUGUGGAUGGAUGCCACGCCAAACACCACCUUUUUGGUACUACUCAAACUUGUCCUUGCCAUUGGCGCGACCACCUAUGACCAACAGUUUUCUCUGCGAGGCGCAGCUAUCCGAUGGGUAUACGAAGCACAAACAUGGGUGUCAGAGCCCAAGUUCAAGUCCCGACUAGACCUCCAAUCCCUCCAGAUCAGUCUCCUUCUCCUGAUGGCCCAGGAAAGACUGGGUGUGGGCGAGUUGAUCUGGAUUUCAGUCGGCGCACUACUAAGAAAAGCAAUCCACAUGGGCCUACACCGUGAUCCCGUUCACAUCCCCCAGGGUCGAGCGACUUUGAUUGCAGAAAUGCGUCGACGACUCUGGAAUACGAUCCUCGAGCUAUCCCUCCUAUCCAGCCUCGCCUCAGGAGGGCCCCCUCUCAUCUCUCUCUCCGACUUUGACACCGCAUCACCCAGCAACUUCACCGACGAGCAACUCACAUCCGGCAAUCCCAUUCCAGCCCCUUCAGACCAAUUCACCCCAGUCUCUGUGGCCAUUGCCCUCCGCACCACCUUUCCAACCCGCCUAGCCAUCGUCAAACAUCUAAACGACCUCUCCCCCCAGAACACAUACAAAGACACCCUCCGACUGGACGCAGACCUCCGCAUAGCAUACAAAGCCCUCACACAAGCCCUCCACCCGACAACCCCAUCCACCCCCUUCUCAAUCCACGCCCUCGACUUCCUCAUCCAGCGAUACCUCCUCUCCCUGCACGCCCCCUACUUCGGCCCCUCCCUCCACGAAGCCACCUACGCUUUUUCCCGAAAGGUCGUAAUCGACUCCUCAUUUAAGAUUUGGCGCACUGCUUGUCCGUGUCCCAGCCCACCCUCGACCUCCCCCAGUAACGACAGCGACAUCCCCCGUCUCGCAACCACCACAUCAGGCUUCUACCCCACUACCACCAUCCAAUCCACCUUUCUCAUUGCCCUCGAACUCCGCGCCCAGCUGCAGGAAGACAGUCUGGGCCCGGUCCUUUUACGGCCGGAUCUUCUUGCCAUGGUGGAUGAAGCCCCGGAAUGGUGUCUGCGGGUUAUUGAGGCCGGGGAGACGAAUGUAAAGGGGUAUUUGCUUACAAGGAUUAUGGGGGCGCAGAUUGAGGGGUUGAAGAGUGGAAAGGGUAGGGAGGAGAUUUCUAGUAUGUUGACUAAAGCUGUAGAGGAUGUGGAGAGAGUUUGUAUGCCUAUGUUAAAGAGGAUGGUGGAGGAGAUGGGAGAAGUUGCAAGCGAGACACCGGGAGGAAUGGAGUGGGACUGGGGUGACAUGAGCGCAGAUGACCACUUCGAUCCGAGUUCUGCCGAGUCCAUGAGUUGGAUAUUCAACGAGGAUGUUAUUCUAGGAUGGUAG